GGGCUGGUUCUCGCCUUUCGCUGCCUCUCCGCCCCCCUCCUGCCCCUCUCUCCCAAGUUCGCCGCUGUGCCGCGGCGCCUGCGGAGCGGCUGGCUGCGGGCUGCCCCUGCCCCGCUCCCGGCGCUGCCCGCGGCGGGGCGGGCGGGGACGGCGGCGAGCCGAGGCGACCCAGGGAGCGGCCCGCCGCCCCCGGGGAAGACUCCGCUCCGGGGAGCAGCGGGGGGAGGCGGCUGGCACAGAAGCCGAAGCUCCGCCGCCCACCCCCCGGCACCGCCGCAGUCUGCCCAGCGCCGGCAGCCCCGGGAGAUGGUGACACAUGAAGCGUGCGGGAAGGACCAUGGUUGAGAGGACCAGCAAGUUCUUGCUGAUCGUGGCCGUCUCGGUGUGCUUCAUGCUUAUCCUGUACCAGUACGUGGGGCCGGGGCUGAGCCUGGGUUCCCCCAGCGGCCGCUCCUACUCGGAGGAGCUGGACCUCUUUCCCACGCCGGACCCGCACUACGUGAAGAAGUACUACUUCCCCGUGCGGGAGCUGGAGCGGGAGCUCGCCUUCGACAUGAAGGGCGAGGACGUGAUCGUCUUUCUGCACAUCCAGAAGACCGGCGGCACCACCUUCGGCCGCCACCUGGUGCAGAACGUGCGGCUGGARGUGCCCUGCGACUGCCGGCCCGGGCAGAAGAAGUGCACCUGCUACCGGCCCAACCGCCGGGAGACCUGGCUCUUCUCCCGCUUCUCCACGGGCUGGAGCUGCGGGCUGCACGCCGACUGGACCGAGCUCACCAACUGCGUGCCCGGGGUGCUGGACCGCCGGGAGAGCGCCGCCGCCAAGACGCCCAGAAAAUUUUACUACAUCACACUGCUGAGAGACCCCGUGUCCCGGUACCUCAGCGAGUGGCGUCAYGUGCAGCGAGGAGCCACGUGGAAAACAUCCCUGCACAUGUGCGACGGCAGGACACCGACCCCCGAGGAGCUGCCGUCGUGCUACGAGGGCACGGACUGGUCGGGCUGCACGCUGCAGGAGUUCAUGGAUUGCCCCUAUAACCUGGCCAACAACCGCCAGGUGAGGAUGUUGGCUGACUUGAGCUUGGUGGGCUGCUACAACAUGUCCUUCAUCCCGGAGAACAAGCGAGCGCAGAUCCUGCUGGAGAGCGCCAAAAAAAACCUCAAAGACAUGGCCUUCUUCGGCCUGACAGAGUUCCAGAGAAAGACUCAGUACCUGUUUGAGAGAACUUUUAACCUGAAAUUCAUCCGGCCCUUCAUGCAGUACAACAGCACGCGGGCGGGCGGGGUGGAGGUGGACAAUGACACCAUCCGCAGGAUCGAGGAGCUCAAUGAYUUGGACAUGCAGCUCUAUGACUAUGCAAAGGACCUCUUCCAACAGCGCUACCAGUACAAGCGGCAGCUGGAGAGGAUGGAGCAGAGGAUAAAGAACCGGGAGGAGAGGCUUCUUCACCGGUCCAACGAAGCGCUUCCCAAGGAAGAGACCGAAGAGCAAGGACGUUUGCCCACUGAGGACUACAUGAGCCAUAUUAUAGAGAAGUGGUAGCCUAGGCAGACUUUUAUAUUGAUGAUAUUCUAGGGUUUCCGUAUAAGAGAUCGUGGAAGUAAAAUUACGAAAAGAAAAAAAACAACAAAAAAGUAUUUUAUUUAAAAACGAGUCUGUAAAACAGAAGAUAGGUUGCUUCCUUAAGCAUAGGGUCUUUUUACUGUUUCUUACAAGACCGAUGAGAUUCUUAAAAAAACAAUAAAUACAUAAAAAUAAAAAAAGGGUCAGCAUUCUAAUGCAGAGAUAAAAAAAAUGCACAAAAGCAGUUACCCGCUCAUAAGGCCAAAUACAAAAGAAUGUUUCUUAUCCUCACACUUUUAACACAAAUGGCAGAAGUAGGAGUUUUAAAAAUCCAUUMAUCCCCUGAGCUUAAUGAUAUAAARAUACAUCRUUAGAAACAAGGAAACAGAGGUUUGCUUCUGUGUGGGAGGUGGGAUGGGAAUUGCAUUGUUUGUUUGUAAAUUAUGAUGGUGACCAAGUUGAGGACACAGGCAGUCACAGCAUUUCAGCUGGCAGCCACUGCCACAAAGUAGAGCACCAUAAAAACAAAAAUAAAAGAAGAAAACCAGUCAGAGGAUGAGAAACRUUAAAGCAAAUUGACAAUGGCCUGGGACGUGUACUCAGCACAGUGGUUCUGAUUCAUUGCACUGGUGUCACAUACACAUUCACAACUUCAUCACAGAAAUAAUAGGGAAUUCAUGCACAAAACUCCCAGAUUGGUUUCCCAGAGAGGUCCCAAAACAAGUUARAAGCCAACUAUAGAUUCAAACCUGCACUCACAUGUUAUCCUGUCAGCUCACACCAUUACACUCAAGCCACCACCAGUAUUGUGUGUUAMCAGCACAUGAAAACCCUGUCCUCCACACAAAACAAAAGGAUGAAAAAUUUAAAUACUCCCUCRUAAAUCUGCACAAAAUUCAGACCCCACAAAUGAUCAGUCAUUAAUGGGAACGUGACGAGGGGGUGAUUUUGUUUUGUUUGUUGCUAUGUGAAAUACUGACCCAGAAUAAGCAUACAGACGUACUCGAGCUGUAUUAUUUCAGUUAUUUUUACUUGCUUUUAUCAAGGGAUAAUGGGCAUCAGCCUGCUUCCAGUGAAGUCACUAGAACUGAUKUAAGUGGGAACAGGAUGGGACUCUCUUCCAGAGCUGUGAAAAUUUCUGACUCUGGGUCUGAAUUAAUUAUGAGACAGUGCACAUUGUCUUUUGGCAGGGUGCCCRUUCUGCAGCCCUUACUUUAAAUGAACAAGCUGUGUUCAUAAAACUGGAAAGGGGAAUCAUGGAUGGUGUUGUUUUAGUCUCAGACCACUCUCAAAGCAGAACUCUUUCAAUGCUGUUUUUUAGGGCCUCAUGUAAGUUUAAUCCUCCAGUGYGGGGACAGUCUAACCAGGUUCUGCUUAGUGACUUUUGAGUCAUAGAACAACAAUGACUUCUCUAAUUCCUCUUCCCACUCACCAAAUUAAAAUAUGGCUUAUUUUUUUGCUGUUGCAAGCACUUCUUUGUUUGGCUGGAAGCAUGGAAAUGAAGUCGUUUUUGCCUGGUUCAUGUCUCACUCCGUUAUUACUCAGCCUGUAGGACCUGCACCAGCUAUUGUUGAGGGUAAACCCUGAACCAAAUAGAAUAUGAUUUGAUUUUCAAAGGCCAUGUUAGCUGCAGAUCAAAUACAGCAUUGAAAUCGCUGGAGGAGAGGCAGAGAGCUGAUGCAUUCAACUUUAGCAUGGCAUUUUUACAGCACCCCUUUCCCACUACCCUGAUCCACCGUGGUUUAAUUCCUUCUCUGCGUCUGUGUGCUGUCUCCAGCAGUUUCAAGUUCAGACUGAGUUUUGUAAAGGAGGAGCUGCUCUGUUCUGCUGUGCACACCCUUGGGGACACACCUUGCUUUUGGAGACCUCCUGAAGAGUAAAGAUAAAACUUGGGAAUAGAAAAUACAAAGAGCACUUAGGGCUCAAAUACAACUCCCUYACAGUCCUGAGCCAAAGUCCACCAAAGUCAGAGGAUGUUUGUCCUGUUGGUUUAGAGGGGUUUUGGUCAGGUCUACAUCCUGCUGCUGUUCAGUGCACGAGCAUGGGCUCCCCUGUCACCCACACGUUUGGCUGGUACCAGCGUGUGCUGGUGGUGUCCAUGGCUUUAAGGCUCCUGUUCCCAGGGAAGUGUAGCCUGGCAUAAGCAUUUCCUCCUAGAUGAAAACUGGGAAGCAAAAUGAAGCAAUAUUUGGUGGUUGGCUCAGGGGCAGAAGGUAUUACAGGUCCAUCUCUGAAUCCCAGGAUGGGCAGAAGCUGUGUCUGUUGGUUGCCAGUGCUUUUAUAUGUCACUGUAACUAAAGAAAACACUUGUACUUCAAAAAUGCCACUUUACAGGCUGUUUACCCACAAUACMAAUGCACACAAAAAGCAACUGUUUGACGUGCACAGUUUCCACCUUUCCCCAGCAGCUUCCCACGGUGCAUCCUGUGUUCCAGAUCCACCCCACACGAGUGGUUCCUGCAGCUCAUCCCCGUUUGCGUCGCACUGGUGGGACUGGGUGUGAUUCAGAGCAGCACUGGGAUCAGGCUGUGCCUGCCUGAGCUGUUUCUGUGUCAGGGGCUCUGUGUAACCAGCUGGAUGUUAAUGAAUUUGCCUGCAGGGUUGUCUAAAUCAGAAGCAGYCUCUGACCUUAGUAGCAUGUCAGUAGAAGGCCUUGUUCCAACAGUUUCUUUGUAAUAUAUUGCAGUAAUGAGCAAAAGAAAUGAAAUUAUAUCGAAAUCUGUCUUGUUAACAGUUUCACUUCAACUGCAAAAGGAGGGCUGACCUCACUUAGUACUGAGGCAGAAGUUUCUAGAUUUAAAUCCUGCACCCAGCAAAUGCCUCAGUUUUUCCAGUUUACUCUACAUGGGGAGUAACAAAUUCACAGACUCUACAAAGGUGCUCCAAGGUAUGAAAGGUAUAGGGCACCUUGAAACAGAUUCUGAUUAAUGGAAAUGAAGAGAAUCACCCAAAAGCCAUCCCUCACCCUGGCUGCUCUGCUGGUCUGCCUAUGGCUCCAAGCCAUGUGUUAAAUUCUUUUAAAGUGCUGUGUACCAGAACAUGGGUUGCAGGACAUACCUGGGCACGAUAUUCUUCCUUUAGUGGGUGCAAGGGAACUUUUUUAACAUAAUGUGAAUGUAGUUUUUUGUGAUUUAUACGUACCACAGUUUGAAGUGGUGCUGUUUCUUUUUAGGACUGAUAAUUUGAUGCUACAAUAACAUGGAAAGUGUGUGUGUAGUUUUAAAAUGAAUGGAGAGCAACGGCUUUAAGGAACUCUGGCAGAAGUAGURGCCAGAUAGUAGAUACUUGUUCAAUACCUGCCCCUUUCUUCCAAAACGUUUUUCCUGUGACUUCCAGACACACCAAGAUGUUCUUUAGUGUUUCCUCAGGGGGUCUGUCAGUGCAUCACGGUCAGGRCAGGUUCAGGGAGUGUUGGGAGCAGGGUGGGCAGUGCGAGGUCAGUGCUGUCUCUUAGG